UCUGUCAGAUUCCGGAAAUUGGCGUCUGGGGUUGUUCCUGCUUUGGAUCUUCCUGAUUGUUGUGGGGAUUAUUGCAGGAGAAUGUGAUUUUGUUUUAAUUUCAUAUAGUUAUUUUGUUUUUUGCUUUUUUUUUUGUUUGUUCGAGAUGGUGGCUGCAGAGUGAAGUAAAUGCAGCAACAUUUAUUUUACUUAUUUGUUUGUUAUUAGACUCGUUUCUUUAUUCAAGCUGGGACAGUGAGCUUUGUAAGUAAAGUUCAUUACUAGCCGCACCUUGGUGUCAAAAACAAUGUCCCUUUAUGUUUUGAAGCUUCUCAAAUGAUGAAGUCAUUUGACAUUUUGUAACCGAAUAUAUUCUCUUCAGACUUUGUGUUUAUUACUGAGUUCUGUUUUGGUUUUUUGUAGUCCAUGCAUUCACUUUUACUAUCUGCUCUACCGGGAAUAUAAGUUAAUUGAUGAUAUAAAAACAGAGGAAAACAACCAAAGGAAAAAAAGAAAAGAAGAAGCUAUAUAUUUCUUUGCAUUUAUUUGUCUUUUCUGUUAGCCCUUUCCUGGAAAUAACGUGAAGACUGUAAAAGUAGUGUUGUAUGCAUCUCUGUUAUCUGGAGUUACGUCUUGGUGGAUUUUUGCCGAGCUAGAUUCUUAUAUCUUUUAAUUUUAUGGCCAAUUUGCAGCCAGCAAAGCCUGGGGUUGCAGCUGAGCCGAAGCGUAGUAAGGUUGAAAUUUUCAAAGAACAUAGUAACUAUAUAAGAUAUCCUCUUAAUGAGGAGUUGUUGACAGAUGCCCCUAACAUAAAUGAGGCUGCCACACAAUUGAUCAAAUUCCAUGGGAGCUAUCAGCAGUACAACAGAGAAGAUCGAGGACAGAGGUCUUAUUCAUUCAUGCUUCGUACCAAGAAUCCUUGUGGGAAAGUGUCAAACAAGCUGUACUUGACAAUGGAUGAUCUUGCUGAUCAAUUUGGAAUUGGAACGCUUCGCUUAACCACCAGACAGACAUUUCAACUACAUGGAGUUCUCAAGAAGGAUAUGAAGACUGUUAUGAGCACCAUUAUUAGAAGCAUGGGUUCUACUCUUGGUGCUUGUGGUGAUCUGAACAGAAAUGUUCUUGCUCCAGCUGCUCCACUUGUGAGAAAAGAUUACCUUUUUGCACAGGAAACUGCCGAAAACAUUGCUGCUCUGUUAACUCCUCAAUCGGGAUUUUAUUAUGAUAUGUGGGUAGAUGGGGAAAGAAUCAUGUCAGCAGAACCUCCAGAAGUGGUGGAAGCCCGUAACGACAAUUCUCAUGGAACAAAUUUUCCGGAUUCACCUGAGCCUAUUUAUGGAACUCAAUUCCUCCCAAGAAAAUUUAAAAUUGCAGUGACCGUGCCAACAGACAACUCUGUGGACAUUCUCACAAAUGAUGUUGGUGUUGUUGUCAUUUCUAAUGCUGAGGGGGAGCCUCAAGGAUUCAACAUAUAUGUAGGAGGAGGCAUGGGAAGAACACAUAGAGUUGAGACCACUUUUCCUCGUUUAGGAGAGCCAUUAGGAUAUGUUCCGAAGGAGGAUAUUUUAUAUGCAGUUAAAGCUAUUGUUGUGGCACAACGUGAAAACGGAAGAAGAGAUGAUCGCAAAUAUAGUAGACUAAAAUAUUUGAUUAGCUCCUGGGGGAUUGAAAAAUUUAGGAGUGUUGUUGAGAAAUACUAUGGGAAGAAAUUUGAACCCUUCCGGGAAUUACCAGAGUGGAAGUUUGAAAGUUACUUGGGGUGGCAUGAGCAGGGUGAUGGUAGCUUAUAUUGUGGGCUACAUGUUGAUAGUGGUCGUAUUGCCGGGAAAAUGAAGAAGACAUUGAGAGAGGUGAUAGAGAAAUAUAAUUUGGAUGUUCGGAUCACCCCAAAUCAAAACAUCAUCUUGACCAACAUUCGCAAUGCAUGGAAGCGUCCCAUUACCACAGUUCUUGCACAAAGUGGUUUGCUGCACCCAAGGUAUGUAGAUCCCCUGAACAUAACUGCGAUGGCAUGUCCAGCUAUGCCACUUUGCCCUCUGGCGAUAACAGAAGCUGAGAGAGGAAUUCCAGAUAUCCUUAAGCGAGUUCGAGCACUGAUCACUAUGUUUGUCCUGUUAUCUUAUCAGGUUGGUCUCAAAUACAGUGAAUCUGUUGUUAUAAGGAUAACUGGGUGCCCCAAUGGUUGUGCUAGGCCUUAUAUGGCUGAGCUUGGAUUUGUAGGUGACGGUCCUAAUAGCUACCAGAUAUGGCUUGGAGGAAGACCCAAUCAAACAUCAUUAGCAAGGACUUUUAUGGAUAAGGUUAAGAUCCACGACCUUGAAAAGGUCUUGGAACCUUUAUUUUACCAUUGGAAGCGCAAACGACAGUCUAAAGAAUCAUUUGGAGACUUCACAAACCGCCUGGGAUUUGAGAAGCUCAAAGAGCUGGUUGAAAAAUGGGAUGGUCCUGUAAUUGCACCAGCACGUUACAACCUGAAGCUUUUUGCUGAUAAGGACACGUACGAGGCCAUGGACGACCUUGCAAAGCUUCAGAAUAAGAAUGCUCAUCAAUUAGCAAUGGAAGUCAUCCGUAACUACGUGGCUGCCCAACAAAAUGGGAGGAACGAAUGAUUUGGGUGAGAGAAGUUUAAAUUUUGUCGCCUUAGAAGCUGAUGUUGAAAGGGCGAAUGAGUGUAAUAGUCUCGUUCUCUCUUCAAGCUCGUUACUGUUUUGUAACAGCUGGGAUGAACGGAUGCUGCUGGAUUUGGUAUAAUUUUGUACCCAAGUUGUUUGUUUGUCAGAAUGAGCUUUGUAUUUACAGUUUUUUUUGGAGAUUUGUAUCUUAUUUUAAGGUUGCUUUUAAUAAAAUUCUCCUCUCCAGCUUUUCUUGUGAUC